AACAUUAAUGUUUCCACUCUGGGAUUAAUAGACAUACCUUUCACUAAAACAAAUGCAUAUAUCGUUGGUUAUAAUAAUUUUUGCAUUACGGAAUUUUAUAAAUCUAAAAUUGCCGUCGUAUUAACCAAUCGCUCAAUGCACCCCGAUUUUAAUAAGGUUGCAAGGUACUAUAUCAUGGUGGUGUUAACUUCAUAGCAACAUCGUAUUCUUGACUUGUGGUUUCUGUCAACAUACUCGAAUAAAGAGGACAUUAACCUCAAAGAGUGUACACAAGCCAGGUGUCUGUCUUAAAUAUUGGCAUAAUGGAAUCAAACCAACAUAAUCAGCAGCCAAAUUAUACAGAAAGGAAAGGUCCAUGGUCAGCCGGAAACCAAAUAGGACCAGCGUCACGGCGUAAGAGGGAUCGCCACGGGGCACAGCAUACCCGUGCCAUCAAAGGCACCAGCACUCCAGCUAACACAGACACCGACAUGUCAAAGCAUAUCGCAUUGGAAACUGAAGCUGAACUACGUGACUCAUCACCCAUGUCAGACCUGGAUGCUAAAACAUGGACUUUGGGAUCAAUCCCUUCACCAAAUAAGUUCAGUCCUUUCAAAGUCCCAACAAAAAGUGGCAAUGUCACACCGGGCAGUGCGUUGAAACAGGACUUUGUUUAUAAAGCCAGCGGUCAAGUCACGCAGAGCAGUAAUACCACGGUAGUCAAUGUCCACAAAUCUGACCUUAACAAACUCGGCUACAGGGACUUGGAGCACUGGUUGUCAGUUCCGGGUCAUGUCUACAUAGGGCGCGACAUGAGUCGUUACGUGCCCGGAGCCAUUGGAAGCAUUUGGGGCAACCCCUUCAGGUCUCGGAAGCUUGGCAACGCCGAGUCCUGUCAGAUGUACAGGCAGUACGUCAUCAAUGAUACUCGUAUACAGAGCAAUGGCAAAACUCUACUGGAGUCAUUAUCAGAGCUUAAGGGAAAGACCCUCGGUUGCUGGUGUCAUCCCGAGCAAUGUCACGGUCACAUGCUAGUGGAGCUCAUAGCAGAGUACUGCCCAUGAUCACCAGAAGUUCAAGUGAAUGGACUGUAAGGUCCUCUAUUUGGACCAGCAUCAUCUCCCUAUGGACCAGAAAUUCAUCUACAUUGAACUGAAGUUUCUUAUCAAUGUAGUGGAAGUUCAUUUCUAUAGACCAGAAGUAACAGUAGAUAUAUGCAGGAUUUGCAAUGAAAAGUUUUUUAAUAUGGAAUAAUUUCCAUUCAUCUAGAAUCACCAGAUUAACUUGUGCCCUUUGAAGAAUCACACACAAAAUGUGCAUGCUCUUUGUAUAAGUCUGUUUCUGGGAAAGCAGGGCUAAAUGCAUGUGCGUAGUGUCCCAGAUUAACCUGUGAAGUCUGCAUUGUUUAUAGGAAGUCUCUUCUAAAUGAAAAACCGUUUUAUGCACAAAAUGACAUCUCUGAUAAGCCUGUGAGGACUUCACAGGGUUUGUAUGGAACGACACUACACACAUGCCUUAAGCCCAAGAACAUUGCUAAAAAAGUUAAACCGCUGAAAAUGUGAUGAUACAGUGCAUUGAACACUGGUUGGAUAGUAAUAUUUUAUAUCAUAUGUCUUUCAUAUGGGACAGAAAGAUGCAAUAUUUGGGAAGAGCAGUAGAAAAAUAGGGGACAGAAUGUUGGUGGGUAUAAGUUGCAUUAAUUUAAAAUAGACAAUUGUUUACAUUUAUAAAUCAGAUAUUUUUAUAUAUUAUUGACACACGUAUUCACAUAGAAUGUCGAGUUGUAAUAAUAUCGCAGUAUUAGACUUGUGGUACAUAUCUGUGAUAUUUAUAAAUCUGCAUCAUUUAAUUUAUGGUGUCAACUUGUACACUUUAUGAAAUGUACUUGCUGUUGAUGUUUUUGAGUGAUAAUGUUUAUCACACUAAAUGUCUGAAUACACUGUUAGACUAUUCAUAUGUAUAUAUACAUAGAUAUAUAUACACAUACACACACUGCUUUGUUGAUGUUUAUUUGUGUGAGUGUUAUUACAAUAGCUAUUUUGUUAAACUGUUCAGUGUGAAAUAUAUAUUCUGUUACA